GAGUGAUUCUUAGACUUAAGAACGUUGAUAAAUAGCUUUUAUUCUUAAGUUUGAGAGUAGGAUUAAAUUGUAAAAUGGCACUCUAAGACGCUUGAUAAAUACGGCCCCUGGUCUGCUCCCGGUGUAUUGAUGUAUUUAUUAUGGACGUGUGUUAGCGAUUGCUCAUAAACAAACGGAAAAGGGCAAGAAAUAUGAAAUUGUAAAUAUGUGAUAUAAUGAAAUGAUUACUAAAGCAAACAUUAAGUCCAUUCCCACGACUCCUCUAAAUCUCAGGAAUGCAGUUGUCUUAAGUGCAUUAUAUUUUGACGUCACCCCACUAAAAGAGGCAUUGUAACAUAUUUUUAAAGGUGUGACGGGGAGUUGACCUGUCCGCAAUGUGACUAGUCACUGCUUUCUCCUCUAAAUAUAGUAACAGCUGCGGGACGUCAACACCAGCAAAGUGCUGCAGCUCAAGUGGUAGGAGUCCACUUUUGUGUUGCUGUAAACAACAACAAUAAUAUUAGUUAGAAGUCUUUUCAUCUGCAAGGACAGCAGCAGACGGCAAGGAGCAAGUGAAAGCAUGGAGUUUACGGCCUUGGUGAUGGCGGAGGAUGAAGAGGAGGAUGAAGACGUGCAGUAUGUGAUCGAGCAGAGUCUGCAGGACAGCAACAAACACACGCAGGAAGGCUUCAACAACACCAGGAGGUCAGGCAUCUCUUCCAGCGCUCAGUGUGCAGACAGUGUUGCUAUUUUCACUGCUAUAAGGCAAGGCCGAGAGAAGCUUGUGGAAGAUCUGUGUGGUAAGAGGAGGAACUCUUUUCUCCAGACGGACAGCAGAGGAUGGACGCCUCUCCAUGAAGCAUCCACACAGAGCAACCUAACCAUCCUGGAGCUCACUUAUGGAGUUUCAGGCGAGGAGUCAAUGGAGUAUCAGACCCAGUCUGGGGACACGGCCCUCUUACUGGCGGUGGAAGGAGGACUAGUGGACAAUGUCUCCUUCCUACUGGACCGCGGGGCUCGGCCCGACACGCAGAACCAGGACCAGGACUCCCCGCUGCUUUUAGCGAUCCGGUCCGGCCGUGUCCACCUGGUGAAGUUGCUGCUCCAGAGGGGAGCCUCCGUCAACCAGGAGGGUCUCCACAGACGGCGGCCGCUCCACGAGGCCUCUCGGCUGGGCAGAGUCGAGCUGGUCAGCCUGCUGCUGGAGGCCAAGGCGCUGCUGGACGCCCGCAGCCGCUUUGGCCUCACACCGCUGGCCCUGGCUGCCCAGGAGGGUCACCUGGAGGCGGCACAGGUCCUGCUGAGGAAAGGAGCAGACGUGACGUGUCAGGCGCAGGACGGGGCCUCCAUCUUGUACGAGGCGUGUGCGAGCGGAGACGCCGCCAUCGUCGAGCUGCUGCUGGAAUACGGCGCCGACCCCAACGUGGCUAAACAGAGCUGGCACCUGCCGAUCCACCGGGCCGCUCACAGGGGACACCUGCAAGUUCUGAAGAUACUCAUCCCAGUAACGUCUAUGGAUGACAUCAGCAACAGCGGAAUGAGUCCACUACACAGUGCAGCAGCUGGAGAACACACACACUGCAUCAAGCUGCUGCUGGACGAGGGCUUCGACCCAAACUACAUGCUGCAUCCCUGCGUGCGUCGAGGCUACGACGACGAGAGGAAGUCGGCGCUCUUCUUCGCCGUGUCCAACAACGACCUUGCGUCUGUCCGCCUGCUGCUGGAGGCCGGAGCUUUGACCAACCAGGACCCCGUCAAAUGUCUGCAGGUGGCUCUGCGCUCGGGCAACUACGAGUUGAUGAAAGUUCUGCUGCGGUACGGCGCCAACGUCAACUUCUACUCCAGGAUCAACACCACGCACUUCCCCUCGGCCCUGCAGUACGCCCUCGACGACCAGGUGGUUCUCAGGAUGCUGUGUAGCUAUGGUUACCACGUCCAGCGCUGCUUUGACUGUCCCUAUGGCGACGGAUGCCACGUUCCGGAGGAGUACGAGGGCUGGAGUGACACAGUCAUCAAAGACACGAUGUUCUGCGAGGUGAUCACCGUGUCGUGGCUCAAGCAUCUUUCAGGCCACGUGGUCCGGGUCUUGCUGGACUAUGUGGAUCAUGUGACCUUGUGCUGCAAGCUGAAGGCGGUGCUCAUGGAGCAGCAGCAAUGGAGCGACAUUUGCAGGCUGCAAGAGAACGCUCGCUGCCUGCAGCAUCUGUGUCGUCUGAGGAUUCGCCGCUGCCUCGGUCGCCCUCGUCUGCGGUCGCCGGUCUUCAUGAGCUUCCUGCCGUUGCCAGGGCGACUGAAGGACUACGUUCUUUACCGGGAGUACGACCUUCACGGGUGACAGGAGGUGCUGUCCACAAAAUUUGAUUUUGCCACACAGUAA